AAAAAGUGAACGAAAUCAAAAUUGAAAUGUGUUCGGUUCGGCGGCAGCCUACUACAUUCCAUCCUUACCCUGUUUGGAAAGUUGGCGCGAUUUUUUCAUCGGAAUCCCAAACAAGGUUAAAGUCUUGCGAAUGAAACUGAACAAGGCGAUAUCAUCAAUGAUGCCGUAAAGUGGAGCUCCUUCUGUUCGUCUUGGAUCUGAACCUCAACCUCAUACUGGAACUGAGAUGCUGUUCUCAGAAAACAAUGACAACCACUACCCGUCGCUCAGAGUGAGUGAUUUAAUCAUUAGGAAGAACAUACCAAACAUACUAGGGCGCAACAGUAUUCUGGCCAGUGCGGCUUACGGGUCGCACGCUGCUGCCGGGGCCUGGUGGGGGCAACACUCCCAUUCAGUGCACGCAGCCGGUGCUGCCAUGUACGAGGACCCUUCCGGCGUUGGCCAGACAGGUGUUGGCAGCCGGAGUCCACCGUCCCUGCAGCACACCAACCACACCACGAACCAUAUCGUACAGCAGCAACAGCAGCAGCAGCAGGCCCAACAGCAGCAGGCUCAACAGCAAGCUGCAGCGGCCGCAGCAGCAGCCGCAGCUCAGCAGCAACAAGCCCAACAGCAGGCUCAGCAGCAGCAACCUUCACAGGUUCCGUCGCAGGCCAGCUCCCAGCAGACCAAUUCCUCCGCCACUGGCCCGCAGCAGAACAGCUCGGUCGUAUCCUCGCAGACCCAGAUCGUGGCACCUUCCACGGCCAGUGAAUCACCUGCCAGUGUGAGCUCGCAACCCUCAGGCCCUCUCCACAUACCAGCAAAACGUCCAGCGUUCGAGACGUCCGCCGACUCGUCCCGGCUGCGGCACUCGGCCUACCCGUGGGGCUACGACGCCGGAGCGGACCCGAGUGCGGCGGCCGCCGCCGCCGCCGCCUACCACCCGCAGUACCCGUACGGCCUCGGGGCGGACAUCAAGCCGAUGUACUACCCGGGCUACACCGAUGCCAACUUUCAACAUCACUACUAUCCAAAGUAUGAACCGGACGCGUACAUGCCGCCCUCGGAGCGUUCCCGAACCGUGACGGGGGACACCCCCUCGGCGCUCCAGUCCAGCUACGACUCGUACAACUCCACCGGACUUCGGCCGUACUCGAGUGAAACAUAUCCUAAUCCCGUCGGUUCGAGUCUGUCGGUGGGCGUGAGCGGCGUCGGUUCCUGCACCCCCUCGAACCCGCUCGAGUGGACCGGUAACGUGACGGUGCGGAAGAAGCGAAAACCGUACUCAAAGUUCCAAACGCUCGAGCUGGAGAAGGAGUUCCUAUACAACGCGUACGUCUCCAAGCAGAAGCGGUGGGAGCUGGCCCGAAAUCUGAACCUGACCGAGCGGCAGGUCAAGAUAUGGUUCCAGAACCGACGCAUGAAGAACAAGAAAAACUCCCAGCGACAGGCGUCCCAGGUCAACAACAGCAGCAGCAGCAGCUCGAGCCACAGCCACGGUCAGCAGCAGUCCCAUCACAACUCGCACCACCUCAACCUGGGGCUGGGCAUGCCGCUGCACGGGUCCAAGAUGCAUCAGUGACCCAUGGAGGCACCCGUCGCCGUCUCCUCCACCGUCGUAACCCAUCAGGACGACCUCGUCAACGGCCAACACCAACACCACGUGGCUGGCCAGCAGCCGCAGCAGCACCUGAAGAUGGAAAUGUGCGACGUCCCGACCGCGCCCAUGUGCAACCACAUCCCGCACCCACAUCUGAUCAAUUAUCACCACUAGAAAGAGGGUGGGUGUGAGGUUUGCGCACUCCUUGAUGAUUAUACGUAAUAUAACCGCGUGCAAGCAAGGCCACCAACAACAAUACUAAGCUUCUUCAGUGUGUGUGUGUGUGCGUGCGUGUGUGCGCGCGUCGUCGUGUGGAUCUGCGGAGGAACCUAAAUUUAACACAAAAAA